AAUGUGUGUAUCUAGGAAUGAUAGAAUGGCUAGAAGUGUUGUUUAGCAGAAGGAGUUUGUGUGAUGCAGUUUAUCAAAUUUUUAAGUGUAUAGUAUUUCGGCAGAGACCUUGAACUUAUAUUGAAAUGAAAAGUUGAAUAUUGAUUUUGGGCCGGUGCGGCGCUGAAAAUGUUUUUAACGAUUUUGUGUUGGAUGCUCCGUCUUGAUGGUUGUUGACCAAGCGGCAGACCAAACCAGACCAGACAUCGAUUGUUUGCCCUUUUCAAGAUGGCGGCCGCCGUUCUGCCCACCGCCACUGGUACUAAUUUAGAGAAAAUAGAAAGUUUUUUAAAUGAUUCUUCAUACAAGGAAGCUCUUGAAUCAUCUGCAAAUUACAAUACAAGAUUAUGUAUAGAGAGAAGAAUGAGACUGCCCUUUUUGGACAGCCAAACAGGAGUGGCACAGGGUCAUUCAUCCUUAUUUAUGAACAAGAGACAAAGGAUGCCUGGCACAGUACCUGGACAAAUUUACAGUUAUCCAAGGCAAAGAUGGAGAAAGAAGAGGAGGCAAUAUUUGAGUAUGAAUGCAAGGGCAUAUGGUCGAGCAGUUGACCACCUGCUAGAUGAUGAUAUGCACAGUAUAUCCCAAGUAGAGAAUCCAGCCCUGCAAGACACUGACAGCAAGGACUCACAAUUGCUGUUGAAGGAUGAGGUCUCAAAGGAAUGGUUCUAUGACGAACAGGAUAUGUUGGAUAUGGAUGCAUAUGAUGAACCUGAUCCUGAUUCUGAUUUGGAUUAUGAGGAGUCUUACAGUAAGAGGAAUAAAAAGCGUAGAGGAACAGGCCGGGGGCGAGGAGUCGAUUCUCCUGGAACACCUGGUAGACGGAAGGGAAGCGGUAGAGGACGUAAGAAGUCUUCAAUUCACAAUUUCGAUCCGACGCCAGGCGAUCCGGACAAGCCUUUCGCCUGUGAACUGUGUGGGGCGCGGUACAAGACGCGGCCUGGACUGACUUACCACUACGGACAUUCGCACAAAGAGGGUGCAAGUGACGAGAAUUCGCGCGAAGCGGCCCCGCCACAAAUCGUGCCCCCGUCAGCCGCGCCCAUUCCCCCCAUGGGGUCUGCCGCCGCCAUGGGCGGUGGUGGGCUGCCACCCCUGGUCGGCGGUCCGCCGCCGCCCCACAUGGGCAUCGGAAUGCCGAUUGGCGGCGGCGGCGUUCCUCCGCUGCACCCCAAUCUAGGCGGCCCGGCCAUGCCGCCGCCACCUCUCCUGGGUGGCGGCCUCUUGCCGCCCCCUUCUGGUAAUUUAGGAGAUGCCUUGCCCGCCCCCGGUGCAGCUCCAGGAAACGUCUAUCAAGAUAGUUAUGUGUCUUUCUUGAACCACCCAGCCGGCACUCCCGGAAGGCGUGGCCGACAGUCGAACCCGCCCCAAUUGCCGCCGACUCAGGCUCCUCCAACUUUGCCGCCAAACUUGCCCGCACCCGUUCCGCCUACCAUAGAGGAUCCACCGAUGCCAGUCUUGGUUCCAGAGAAAACCAUCGAAACGCCUCCUCAGAUCCAUUCGAUGGUAGCGACGAUGGAGCAAAAACCGAAGGCCGCUCCCAGUCCCUAUUGCGAUUUUUGUUUAGGCGAUUCUAACGAGAACAAGAAAACCGGUGGCUCUGAGGAGCUAGUUUCGUGUUCAGAUUGCGGAAGAUCAGGCCAUCCAACGUGUUUGCAAUUCACAGCCAAUAUGAAUAUAUCGGUGAAAAAGUACAGAUGGCAAUGUAUCGAGUGUAAAUGCUGUUCUGUGUGUGGAACUUCUGAUAACGACGAUCAAUUAUUGUUUUGUGAUGAUUGUGAUCGCGGAUAUCACAUGUAUUGUCUGAGUCCUCCACUGACUACUCCUCCGGAAGGUUCUUGGUCUUGCAAGUUGUGUAUCCACGAAUUCCACAAAUAGAAUAGCGUUCCCGGGGAAUGAAGCGGAGACACGGAGAGGAAGAAAAAGGCGUAUAGCUUCUUAAUUUCGUAGUAUUCGAAAUAAGUGAUAGUUUUUAGUUCACGAUUUCUUCCUUGCGUUUGCAACAAGUCGUGAAGAUGGUAUUUCCCUUAGGUUUGUUACGUUCUAAUUUUAAUUUUUGAAGAAAAAAAUCAGCAUCCUUAGUUUGUAAUAUAUUUUUUUAUGAAACUUAUUUUUUUUUAAAUCAUACAUAUAUAUGUGUGUGUAUAAAUUAGUGAUGUAUAAAUUGAAAGGGAAACGACUUAGGCUUAAGUACUUAAACUACGAAGAGUAAGAGAACAUAAUUAUAUUGAUGAGAGCCAGAAGGGUUUUAGGAUUAUGUACUUAUAAUUAUCGAAAGAGAGAAGAAGAAAAAAAAAACAAUUGAGAUUUGUAAAUUAUUAUUAUUAUUAUUAAUGGCCUAAACUAUUGAU